CUCGCUUCACCCCACUUUUACGUCAAUCAUGGCUGCCUCCAAGCGCGUCUUCGCCGCCUCCUCCGCCAAGUUCCACAAGAACAUCCACAAGCGCGGCCUGGUGGACAUCAAGGCUAAGGAGAAGUCCAAGUACGGCUUCUCGGUCGGUCCCGUCAUGCUCGGGUUCUUCGUCUUCGUCGUGAUUGGCUCCUCGCUGCUGCAGAUCAUCCGCACGGCCAGCGCGGGCGGGCCCAUGUAAGCGGCGACGGUGUCGGUCGUCCAACCCUCGGAAAACACCGGCAGAGAUACCUUUCUUACUUUUAGCUUAGCCCGCAGUAGCGCUGCGGCACGAUGUAACUCUUACACGACACGACUCUCUCGAC